AUGGAGACAAUGGAAGAUAGCGAACUUCUUAUGGUUCCACAUUUGGAUCCACAGCUUAAAUGUGAUACAAGAUUUACUGGCUCCAAAAUGCUACAUCUGGAAACAGACACGUCGGAUAUAAGAAACAUGUUUGAGUUGCAAGAGUUUAUGGACCGCCAUCACACUUCGGAAGGGAAAACGACCUUGGCUGCUUUGAAAAUGAUUGAUUUGCAAACCUUAGACAACGACUUUGACGAUUCUCCAACGGUCAAACUGCCUGCUACUUUCCUGAUUGAGUAUAAUCCCCACGAAAAGCAAAAGCGUCUUGGAAGACCCAGAAAGCACUUGAAAGGCCGCACAAUGCCUGUUCCAGACAGCUCCUCGACUGAAAAUCUUGAAAAACUGACCUUGUCGAUGUUUCGACUCGAUGAGCGCCCGUUGGAAGGGCCAGGAUCAAGAGGUGGAGAUCCCACUCAACUUCGGAAAAGAAAGGGACAAGUGACGGAGUCUUCCGGUUUGAAGAAACGCAAGCAGGCACUUCUAAACUUCAACAGGUCCGGCGAUUCGGCCCAAUUAGGACUACGAGAUGGAGCCAUGGAUAAUGAGACAGAGGAGAAAGAAAACAAUGACGAAAAGGAUUCAGAAAGCAAUGGUAAGCAAGACACUGCAGAAGAAAGUGACAAAGCCACCGAAGAUGGGCAACAAAAUGGAGAUCAGGGUACAGGGAAUGACGGGAAUGGAGAAGAUGAUGGAAAUGAUAGAAACGGGCACGGUGAAGAAAAUGAUGAAGCAAACGGAGAUGGUCAAGGCAACGACGCAAAUGGAGAUGACAACAAUGGAGAUAAUAAUAAUGGAGACGACAAGAAUAGAGAUAACAAAAAUGAAAAAGACAAAGACGACAAGGAUAUGAGUGAUAAUGAGAAAGAGGAGUCUGACGAACUCAAGAAAAAUGGAACGACCGAAGACACUGAACCCGAAGCAGGAAAGGUGGGAACGGAAGUCGAAAUAAAACAAGAACCAGAGAAAUCAACACCUAGUGGACGAGCUAGAACAGCGGCUCGAAAGAAGGUGAUGGAAGAAAUGAAAGCCAAGAAAGAAGAAGCACUGAGGCUCGAGCAAGAGCAACAAAAGAGAGAGAAAAAACCAAAAAGGUCCACACCAAAAGAAACCAAAGUCAAGAAGCUUACGCUCAACUUUAAACAGCCAGCAUCUCCUACAACCAUUAUCCGUGACAAAAACAGAGUCACCCGCACUAACCCAGGUCCUCUAAUUCCGAUCCACUUUGAUCUCUACGAUGAAAAUUUGAUGUUUGCUGACAUCAACAAACAAACCGCAGCCGAGAAAUUGGCUUUAGGUUUUCCAGUCCACCCGUGCCCAUAUCUGUACGAUAUCAUCUAUAUUAUCUCUUAUCUCACCAAAUUCCGCCAUAUUGUUGAUGUUGGGCCCGUGGGACCCGAUGACAUAGAAAAAGGCUUGGGUUUAGUGCAUGAAGAAUACCCGAAAGUGAGCCCUCUCAUGGAGCUCUUGUUCCGCCGUCUUCUAGCUUUGGUUCUCAACAGAAAAAAGCCAAUAUUGUUGAGUAUGCAACGCUCCGCGAUCCAGGAACUCAGAUCUCAAUACAUUAACCUUGGCUUGCCUGAGGAAUGGAGGGAUGACACUAUGGCACGUGUUGUAACUAACUUGCCAUGUGAGCCUGAUCUUGAUCAUGUUGACCCUUCGAAGCCAAAAGCCACACAGUCUGAAAACUACGAGUAUCUGGCUCCACUGGAAAAAAUGAAUCCAUUUCACGAGCAAGACUUCUACGAGUAUGGUCUUCAGGGGAUUCUGAAUGCCAUUGAUCGCCUAGUAGUGAUUCGGUGUUUGAUGGUGUGGAGCUUAUCUGCCUCAAACAUAGUGAAGGCGCAUUUGGUGAAUGUGAUCAAUAAUCAGGAUAUUCCAGGAGAGAAAGAUACGCACUAUGGAUCGAGGGCUGUGCUCAAGGGAUUUGCGCAAACAGCAGACUUAAAACGAGAGAUUGAGCUGAAAAAGGCAAAGAAAAAGUCUCUGAGCAAGUCUUCUACCCCGACGCCGGAAUCUAAGACCAUUGAUCCCACCUCAGACCCAACAAAGCACCCAAUGAGCCUUCGCUUGAACGAAUUUUUAGUUGGAGACUGCGGUUUCCACAUUGGUCGUUUCUAUUUGGUUCGAAUGGCGGAUUCUUCAGCUGGUGGCCUAGGUUCCCUAGAGAAAAUGCGCAAUGUCGUGAACGACGUUGCAGGCGUGAGAUCUGCCAUUCCAUCUACGUUUAAGUUGUAUGUGGAGGACGUACAUGCUGUGCUCAAAGAAUCACUUCGGGUGGAAGGAGUUGAGUUUGAUUCUCAGGGCAACGAAGUCCCCAGCCCAACUUCGUAUGACGAUGGGAAACAUUGGCAUGUCGUUGCAUCCAACACCGAGGAACUUUCCAGGUUCUUGGAUCACGUUGGAAAACGACUUGGUCUUGUUCCAGGAGAAGAGAAUAUUCUCUCCCUGGGCAGUCUUUCUCACAAGCCUCUUUUGCACAUGUACCGCUAUCUCUCACACUUGUAUCCUUUACUUGAUGAGUAUGAGAAGCUUAACAUUAAUGGAGCAUCCGAGCUUCGUUCUUCAAGAAAAAAGAAGGUGAAUUAUUCUGUCGCCCAGGAGCCCACAGAGGAAGAAGAACAACCCGAGUACGUUGUAGAAGACGGCGAUGACGACGAUUAUGACGACGGACAUGAAGAUUACCUGGAAGAAGAGUAUUCAUAA